UAGGGAGGGGGGUGUAAUGGCGGAUGCGACUGAACUCGAGACGGCUGCGGUGGACAUCGCAGAGGACGGGUCCUGCACGUCGGCGGAGGAACUGGCGGCUCAGAAGCGCGCACAGAGACUUCGAAAAUUCCGAGAGCUGCAUCUGAAGCGGAAUGAAGCUUGUAAAUUAAAUCACCAGGAGGUUGUGGAAGAAGAUAAAAGACUUAAGUUACCUGCAAAUUGGGAAGCCAAAAAAGCUCGUUUGGAAUGGGAACUACAGGAAGAAGAAAAGAAAAAGGAAUGUGCUGCCCGAGGCGAAGACUAUGAGAAAGUGAAGUUGCUGGAGAUCAGUGCAGAAGAUGCAGAGAGAUGGGAGAGGAAGAAGAAGAGGAAAAACCCUGAUCUUGGCUUUUCAGACUAUGCUGCUGCCCAGCUCCGUCAGUAUCACCGGCUGACCAAGCAAAUCAAACCAGACAUGGAAACAUAUGAGAGACUCAGGGAAAAACAUGGAGAAGAGUUUUUCCCAACAUCCAACAGUCUUCUUCAUGGGACACAUGUGCCUUCCACAGAGGAAAUUGAUAGAAUGGUCGUAGAUCUGGAAAAACAAAUUGAAAAACGAGACAAAUAUAGCCGAAGAUGUCCUUAUAAUGACGAUGCAGACAUUGACUACAUCAAUGAAAGAAACGCCAAGUUCAACAAGAAAGCUGAAAGGUUCUAUGGGAAAUAUACAGCUGAAAUUAAGCAGAAUUUGGAAAGAGGAACAGCCGUUUAAUCCUUGUUUUUAGAAGCUUAGGAACAGAGUGCAAAUUUC